AUGGGUCCAAAGAAGAAGCUUGGACUAGGCAAAGAGGCUACAAGGGGUAAAAGCAAAUCUAAGGGGCCAAAUGAGCAAAGUUGGUCCCAGGGCACAGGCCUGUCGUAUACAUCAUCACAGAUGGCUAGAUAUAAAGGACAAAACGGAAAUGGUACAGAAUCCCAUAGUCAGCCAAACCAAAUCUUCUUAUCAAGAAAAAAUAAGUUAAAUGAUUAUUUAACGUCGAACGAUCCUACUCAGAAUGCAUCAACAUCUAAGAAAACGAAGCAGACAUCGAGGAAGAACAGUGGAUCUUUCGAAGAGGAUGACGGUUUCAUUUAUAAAAGAAGUCAAUCUACAGAAGGUCACUUCGAAUCUGACAGGAAAAGGAAAGCCGUAAGUACUCCAAUUACCCAACUAGAACAAGAAAUCAGCAAUAUAUCGAAGGAUGAUGAUGAGGUUGAGUUAGAUGACUUGCGAAUUGAAAAAGAGAGUAGUGCCUCAAUAGCGAGAAAUGCAUUUCAUACCUUAAGACCAUCUCCUAAGAGAAGCUUGAAGACUUCGACGAGAUCGAAUGCAAUCAAUGAUUCGAGUCUUCAAUUAUCUUCACCAAUUGGACGCCGCUCCGUGUAUGAAGAUCAAGGAUUUUCUUCUGACGAAUAUGUAGAGCAAGUUUCACAUCAUAAAAUUUCAUUAACCGACCAACCAACUGCAAACCCUAAAUCCUCAAAGGUAUCUAAAGGAAAGAAAACCACUAAACCAACAAAAAGAAGAACGUCUUACUAUAAUAGAGGUAAACGAGUUCUGUCAAUUGGUAACGGUUUUCAGGGAGAGAUACAUGAUGAUGUCCCUGUAAGUGAUUAUUACAAAAGGUUGGAUAAUUCUCUUCCUGAACCUGAUAAAAUGAGGCAAUUAUUAAUAUGGUGUUUCAAGAAAAAAUUAAGUCGAGAAGAAAAACUGACGAAGCUACAGACAUCAAGCUCAGAGGAGCAAACAGUCGUAAACAUCGCAAAGGUGAUAAAAGAAGAAAUAAUAAAGGCAUUGAUGGAAAAGGAGAUAUCAACAAGCUGGUAUUCCAGCUCUGACUCACAGAGUAAUAACGACAUAUUAACAAGUAAGGAGAUUACAGUGCCAAAUCCUCAAAACAUAACAAAUUUAGAAAAUAUAGGCAUAUACCGACUGCGUCUCAGUAAUUUGAUCAAGGAAAAGGAGGAGUGGCAAGGCGCAUUCAAACAGGCUGUAUCUCCCAUAGAAAGACUUUCAAUUAACUCCAUGGGAGAAGAUGAGCUGACCUUAUCAUCAUAUCUCGUAGAGAAAGCAAAGAAUGGUCGUAUAGACUUCUCAUCAACUGUCAUCAACAAUUCUUUAAUAAAAAAGAUUGAUGAAAAUUGUGAGACCGCUUCUAAACAAGCGUCGCAACUUGAAUCAUCAAUCGACAAUUUACAUGCUACAUCUUAUCAGUUGAAACAGCUAUCCGAUUUAGUGGCAUCAAUUCAGGACAAGGAUCUCAAUGCAAAGGCUUCUGCUCUCUUGAAGGAGUACGUUACCAAAAACAGCUUCGAGAACUACAAGCGAUUGCACGAAUCGGACACGAAAAUGUCAUCAUCUACUUGGCCCUAUCCUAAAAAGUCUGUCAGCACAAUAGAUCUACUCAAAGGAAUAACGAGGCUUGAUGCGCUGAUGUAA